AGUCCUUCCUCCCUCCAGGACCCGGGGCUCUGCGCCAGAGCCCGGCGCUGGGCUGUGCCUCCACUCCACUCGGAGAGCUCUGGAGACCGACGCGCACUGUGGAGAAAGACGCGCUCCCACGUCCCAGCUCCUGGAUGCAGAGUCAGUGGGGAAAGCGAGCCUUUCCUUACAGAAACAAGGGAGAGAGCCGAGGGGCAGCUGUUGUGGAGGUUUCUAAGGAGACUCAGACUGGCUUCUUUCCCUGCUCCUGGGAGACAGCAGGAAACCUCAGGUACCUCAGUGACCCCAGUCUCUGUAUGUUUAUAUGAAAGAGAAAGAGGCAGUAAGAAAGAGAGGAAAAAAGAGAGAGAGAGAAACAGAGGAAGAAAUAGAGAUCCAGAGACCGUGGUUGACAGACAAGUGGAGACAGACAACGGAAAAGAGAACUGCUGCUCCCUAGCCAGCAAGUAGCCCCCAAUCUGGAUGGAGUGAAAGAUGCGGCCUGAUGAUAUAAACCCGAGGACUGGGCUGGUGGUGGCCCUGGUCAGUGUCUUUCUGGUCUUUGGCUUCAUGUUCACCGUCUCUGGGAUGAAAGGAGAGACUCUUGGAAACAUCCCCCUCCUGGCCAUCGGGCCAGCCAUCUGCCUACCAGGCAUCGCAGCCAUUGCCCUGGCCAGGAAAACUGAGGGAUGCACCAAGUGGCCUGAAAAUGAGCUGCUAUGGGUCCGCAAGUUGCCCUGCUUCCGGAAACCCAAGGACAAGGAGGUGGUGGAACUGCUGCGGACCCCUUCAGACCUGGAAUCGGGCAAGGGAAGCUCAGAUGAGCUGGCUAAGAAGGCCGGCCUCAGGGGGAAGCCCCCCUGCCAGGGGCAGACAGAGGUGGCUGUGGCCAGUUCCAUCACCACCCCCACACCCACGGAAGGAGAACGCCAGAGCCUGGUCCAGAACGGGCAUCAGGAGGAGACAUCCAGAUACCUGGAUGGCUACUGUCCCUCAGGCAGUUCCCUUGUCUACAGUGCCUUGGAUGCCAAGUGCUCAGCCUGGGACAGAUCUGACUGCCCGGAGCCUGAGGACAGCAUCUUCUUUGUGCCCCAGGACAGUAUCAUCGUUUGCUCCUACAAGCAGAACAGUCCCUAUGACAGAUACUGUUGUUACAUCAAUCAGAGCCAAGGCAGGUGGGACCACGAGACAAUAGUCUAAGCUUUGCAUACAAGAGUCGCUGUGUUGAUAGAAAUGUGACUACACUCAGCUUCCUGGGGAAGGAAACUGCCCUGCUCAACAGCCUUCAAACUGUUAGAAAUUGACUUGGUAUGUGAUGGGUGUGCAAGCCUUGGGUGCCUGAAGGCAUGUAAAUAGGCAUGUUGGGGACACAUUUUAGAGAAGGGUGAUGAGGGUUAAGGACACUGAAGAGGCAGUGAGUAGGAGAGAAAGCAGUUCCAAUUGCUUUUUAACAAUUAAACCAUGUUGGAUGUUUUGUAAAAUAACCCAGAAAGUGCUACUCAGCACCUGCUAAAAGCAAGAUAAAUCUAGAGUAGGCUGCAGAUAUCAGGCAUGAAAUGAUACAUGGGCUUGCCAUAGGGAAACUGAGCAGCUUUCAGUUGGAAUAAAUCAAAAGACAAAACAAUUUAGUGCUUCAUUGUAUGAAAUGAUUUUUUCCAGUGAAAGCUUUUCACACUUAUUAUUUGCUGAAAGAAAAAAGUCAAGACAGAAAAGCUACUCCCUCCUUAGGUGGAAUGGUUUUAGGAGAAAGGGGAGUUGAAUUAUGUAAUUGAGUUUUAUCCUCUGACAAGAUCAGAGAUUUCAAAUAAAGUAAAAUAAGUGUGUGACCAGCUAGGUAAAAAACUAAAAAUUUUAGAUGGCUAUGUUACUUCUUAAACUAUUCAUUUAAAUUGAUUUACUGGGUCUUUAUCUUAAGUGUUUUUUUUAAUAUUUGCUAUCAUUCAUGUAUAAUUUGCUCAUCGGGUGCAAAAUGACUUGAUGUAAUAUUUUCAUUGAUUAGAAUUUGUGUUCAUCAAGUCAAAAUGGGUUUUACAUAUGUAUACAAGUGUCUUUAACAUUUCUGGGAGUCCUGGUAAUAACUAUUCCUAUAUGCCUUUUGAAAUCUGAAAACUAUGAAAUCAACACAUUAGUCUUGAACUUUAUGCAGAAUUUACAUAAAAAGCAAUGGUUAAACUUCUGGAAGUGUCAUUAUUUGUACAUUUAUUCAACAUUCUCAGAGACUAUAAAUGCCAAUGAAACAAAAGUUAAUCUACUAGAUUAAACUAAAGCUCAGUUUUUAUUAAGUUCACCUAAUCAGUGAGCAUUGCAUGACAAAGGUCUGUUUUAUUUCAUACUUAAUUUUUUUGCUGCUGUGGGAAAAAGGCACAAAGGGAUCCUAAAAUGUAUUUUCUGUUUCACUUGCUUAACUAUAAUAGACAAGAGGGCAAUCAGCCAGGAUACCAUUUAGUCCCUGUUGAAGAGAAAUAUUGAAUUAUAUAGAGAAAUCAUGGUAUAUUUCAUCUUGAAGAUCAGAAUAUUUUGUCUCCUUCAAAGAAUGAUGAUUUAUUGUUAAUGAUCAGAGAGUUUCAGCCACCUUUUCCCUAAAGGGGAAUUGAGGACACAAAUUCUGGCCAUACCCCUUUUGUAUAUUUCAGAUCCAAGUCUGCAAGUCUUUAAGUGUAGCAUUCAGUCUUAAGAAUCAUGCCCUUAAAAAUCACAAUUUCCAAACCAAGUUCAACAUCAAAAGAGUAUGAUUUUUUUUUUUUUAGUAGGGCUUAAAUGUCAGAAAAUGAGAUGUGUGAUCCUGAGCAAAAUUUAUCUUCUUGUACCUCAGUUCUCACUCUUCAGAAAUCAGGGAGGAGUGGGACUGACUUACACUAGAGUAUGUCUAUCGUUCAUUCCCGGUUUGAAUAUUCUAUGGCAUCAUGUCAAAGACACUUUAUAUAAUGCCAGGGGAUGAGAUAUAACAAAAUGCAUGCCAAAGUUAUGCAAUUCAUGAUAAAAAUUAUAUGACAUGGAUUAACUUCUUACUGCUGCUCAAAAUAAUUUUGUAGGUGUAUGAAAGCAGAUUUGUUUUAUUGCCAAAUAUUAUUUAUUUACCAAAUACAUUACUGGAAAUAAAUAUGUUAAUUAAGGAUAAAUUUUUUUUGGUAUUGGUAUAGCCCCCAAAUAAUCCACUCGAUGCAAUAAAUGUAAUCUACUUUAGAUUUGGCAUGGAGGGAAAAUAGUUUCCUAAAAUCACAGUACCCCUUAAUAACUCUGGGGCAUUUUGAAAGAUGAAAAUUGUGUUUCAAUGAAGGUGAAAAUUAUUGGAUUAUUCUCUUAGGAAUAAAAACUUCUAAUCUGAACAAAAAAAACCCCCUUCUAAUCUGUUUGCCAUUUGUGGACAUCUUCAGGGAUGAAGAGAUAGCAAGACAGCAGAGAGAUGUUCACAAAGACUCAGCAAAUCCAAUACAGGGUCUGAAAAGAGAUGCUUGCAGUGUUAAGUAUGGUUUAGGUGUGGAAAAGUUACUUUUUGAUUUCUUGGAAUUAGUUCAAACCCCUUGAGAUCUCUCUCUCUCUCUCUCUCUCUCUCACACACACACACACACACACACCUCAAUGUCCAAAUCCAAAGUUAAUUAAUAGUUUAGAAAUCUAAGAUAUUUCAUCACAUUUUCAAGUUCUAUUUCAGAAGCCACUUACUUUGGUCUUCUUCUUCCGUCCACCUACUUAAGAUACUUAAGGUAUCUAAAUAUGCUCUUGAGGGAAUUUUCUGCAGUGCUAAAAUAAUGGUUUGCAAAUGUUGACUGCGUGGCUUAACUUUGACCAGAAAGAAUAAAACAUGUGAUUGUAUGUGUGAAUUUUUAAAAAAAAUCUUAUAUUAGGUAAUCCCUUCCUAAUAUAUAGGAAGGUAGCCUAGUGCCCCAAAUCAACUCUCAGUGGUUGGGGAAACAUUUAGUGCUAUUCAGGGGAAGGCAGCCAUUCUGUUGAACAGAGGUGGAAGAGAAGGAAAACAAGGUGAGAAACAUGAGUGAGCUUGUUAGAGGAAAACAGCAGCUCAUUCUAGUCAACAGAUGUAGCAAAUAUUAACAUAAUAGACAGGAGGGCUAUUCCUUGUAUACAUUAAGCACUUUGAGACAGACAUAAAACAAACUAGUUAUUUUUUUUUACUUGCUACUAAUCCAAAUAGUCAUUUCAACUUGAUUUUAAAUAGGCAUUUUAUUUUUGAAAUUAUUUCUAUUGACUUUUUCUUGUUCAAUAUUCCUAUCUAUUAUGCUCAUGGAUUCUUUCUCCAAACUGCUUUUUGAUGUUAAAGUGUGAAUUCAGCCAAGAUUCCCAUGCUAGAACAUAUUUAGACAACUGUUUCAAGAUUUAGUUUCUGUUACAAUCAUGGCAAACAAAAUCCAUAUAUAUUUAAGUUCAGACUCACUUCCAAACCCUACCAAUCAGGUCCUUUGGAAAUGUUUUCAGUACUAUGGGCUCUUAAUAUACACUUAACUGACACAUGUAGGGAAGAUUCAUUCUCUUAAAUGCUUUUCUCUUUUGUAAUAUCCAAUCUCUAUUUAUCUAUUAACAUCUCCACUCUGCAUCUGUAGUAUCAUUUACUUGGUAAAUUCACUGUUACUACUACUUUAUAACAUUAAAGAAAAUUUUUUUGAAAAUCCACAGCCUCACUCUCCUUACAGAACUACUGCAUUUCCAUUUUAGCAUAUCAUCCUCCAGGACUUCCCCACAUGCACCUUAAAUAUUAUAAUUGUGUGGUUUUCCUUUCUCUCUUAUUUAUAUGCUAAGUAUGUUUUCAUGUUUCUACGCAG